AUGGCCGAAAAGGAGAGCCCCGAAGAGAACGGACAACUCGUCUACGAGGCUGUGCUAUACAACAACGAAGAACUGCUACGCGAAUUGCUGGAAGCAAAUCCGGGCAAAGUGCACUAUCGGGAUAAACAUGGCAGAAGCGCGCUGCAUAUUGCUGCUCAGAAUGGCGUACUUGCUGUUGUGGACCUUCUCAUCAAAGCUGGUGCCGAUGUGAACAGUAUGGCAGGUCCAAGUGCGCUCUGUGCCACACCGCUACAUGUAGCUGCAGUUUCCGGGCGCUUGAACGUGGUGCGACGAUUGAUCGAUGCCGGAGCUGAGCUUCUGGCAACCGAUCUCCGCGACCAUUGUGCACUGGAACUGGCGCAGAUGGCGAAUCAUUUCGAGACUGCUUGCCUUCUCAUUGAUGCAAUCGAGAUGGAUCGCGAGAAAACUCGUCUGUUACAUAAUGAUCUCAUCAAGGCCUCCGAAGAAGGUGAUAUCAGUGCCGUAGUGGAGGCGCUGCCGAAUCUCUGCGCAUCCAACUGCGAUGCCGUGCUGAACGGAGCUACUUUGGAUCGCAAAUGUGCUCUCUACUUAGCUUGUUUAAAUGGAAGGAAGGAAGUGGUCGAGGCCUUACUGAACAUUCGCGGUCAUAUGCUUAUACAGCCAAAUACGCAUGAUACUGUUUUGCAUGCAGCCAUCUCGUCUCAGGAACCAGCAAUCGUUGAGAUGAUCCUUAAGGCUUUUACGCAUUUGGUAACGACGAAAAAUGCGGAUGGUAGCACAGCGCUACAUUGGGCAUCGCAGUGCGGCAAUUUGGCUAUUGUUAAAUUGCUGUUGGAAUUUUCGUACGACGAAGAUGUUUUAACAAAGAUUGAAGAUGUCUCGGGACGUUUCACAUAUCAUUUUGUACUGGACGUUAAUGCGCUAGAUGCGCAGUGUCGGACAGCUUUAUACUUAGCCGUUGCAAAUUCCCACUAUGAUGUUGUCAAAUAUCUACUUGAGGUUGAGCUUCCGUCCAUGAAUACCGCCCGGAAGUGUCCGUUCCAAGUUGAUGUGUAUUGUAGUGGUGGCAAAACUCCGCUAAUGGUUGCUGCUGCAAAUGGCAACAUACCUUUAGUAAAAUUGCUGCUGGAACACGGUGCCGAUGUGAAUUUGCCCUGUGGGCUUACUGAUGCAGACAUCAGCAGUUUGGAUGGGGCUCGAUGUGUGGGUUCUGGUGCCCUCAAUGAGGCCUGUCGAAUUGGUUGUGUUCCGUUGGUGCAGCUGCUUUUGCAGCGGGGUGCUGUUGACCACGAAAAUGUUGCCCUUGCUACUGCUUUCAAGUAUAAUCAGGAAGCAUUAGUCCGGAUUUUUCUGUUGCGCCUAACAUUUGUUGAUCCGGACUAUCGUAUCAACAAAAAAGGCAUGGAUUUUGGACAGAUGUCAAUAAACCGACAUCUUCUACCCUCUACAGUGUACCCCACAUCACCGUGCAUGCUCAACUGGCAUAAUGCAAGUUUAGCAAGUAUUUCGAACGACUGGCUAAUUGCUGCUUGCCUACAAGUUAAUCAAAGGAUGGCACUGGCAGCACUAACGCGAAUUGAUUUAUCAAAGAACAAAAUGAAAGUGCUGAGUGGGCAGCUACUUCAGCUCUCGUCACUGAGAAGUUUGAAUGCAGCGAACAAUGAAAUAGCGGAAAUUGAAAUGCCGAGCGAUGGCAUUCAAGCGCCCCUUCUGGAAAGCUUAUCGCUGGAAUAUAAUGAGCUCUCCUUUCUUCCAGAUGAUUUUUUCACAUCGCGAAUGCCGGUUCUGUGUUUCUUGGAUGUUUCGCACAACAAAUUGUCCACACUUCCGGAUACUCUGUGGAUGGCUCCAAGAUUGCGCGAGCUGAAUUUGUCGAACAACAAACUGUCAGUAUUGCCCGCCAUCGGUUCGUCGCAGCUUCGGCCAUCGAGCAGUCUUUCUGGAAGCGACCAACCCGGAUCAAAUCAUUCGGAGACGCGCACUUAUCACAGCACCGUAUCAACUGAUGAUUCCAUAAGUAUCGGUGGUCGAAUUGAUGACUCUAACAUUACUGUUCAUGAACUGAAAAGGCAUAAUGUUUGGCAGCGAAGUGUACGGCUUGCGCAAUCGGAUGAGUCGGACAGUGAGAAUGGUAGUGUAACUUAUUUCUUACAGAUCAAAGUUGCGCCUUCUUGCCUGGCUUGCUGUUGUCCACGUCUCACGCGGCUCAAUAUUUCUCACAACCAGCUAACUUCGCUGGGACCGGUAGAAUGCAUGCCGUCGCGUUUGCGACAUCUCGACGCGUCCAGCAAUCAACUUAUAUCCGCUUUUGAGCGCCCGGUUGCCGUCCAGUUGGUAUGCCAUGCUGUCAGUGCCCAACAAAGUGCUAUUUUACAGAUGCGACAUCCGAGCCCAACUCGCAAUCCACGAUCACGUUCGAAAUCAGCAGUGCGUAGCCAGCGAUCGCUGAGCGUUGCGCGAAUUGGGGACACAUUGCACGAUACGCAUAUCGAUGCUUGUCCCCAUAAGCAGCACAUAAGGCUCGAGUCGCUUCGCUCACUCUAUCUGGCCAAUAAUCGUAAACUAUGGAAUCUCAGUUUAAAAGGCUGUUCACUGCGUGAUCCACUGAGGAAUAUGGUGCAGGCCGAGAAUUAUAAAACGGUGGAUUUGAUUGCUUAUCUAAAAUCUGUGCUGGAGGAGUAA